UCGUAAAAACGUAUAGCGCAAAAGCGCAAGUUUUCAUGCGCAGUGAAAACCCGUCGAAUUUUCCUGGUCGAUCGCGGUUCCCUUUAGUUUUUCAGCUGAUCGCGCUUUCCCCGGCCGUGUCGCAGACUGUCCCGGUGUGUCAUGUGCGAAACUGUCGCAGCGUAGUGAAAUAGUCGAGUGCUUGUGAUUUGUGUAGUUAUCGGGUUAGCUAGUGGCAGUGAAAAUGUUUUCAGGACUUACUAAUCAGGUUAGUUCGUGGAUGGGGGCCGCGAAAGGGGAGCCCCAGGAUGAGGAAGUCCCGACCCCUACGAAGGAAGCGACAGGGGAGCCGACGGCGGAAGGCGAAAGACAGAGCCCAACAAAAGGAGCCAGCAAGCUCGAGCUCCUUACAAACGUACAGUCCAAAAUGACCGGCUGGCUCGGAUCUGGAAUCCCGAUCCCCGGGCUCCGGAAAAACGAGGCCCCCACUGACGCCCCCGAGCCGGCUCCGGAGCCCGCAGAGCCCGCGGAGCCCAAGCCAGAGAAGGACGAUGAUGAUAACUCUAGGUAUAAUAGCGCCACCGGAGGCGCGGACAGCAGACCGGGUUCCACAGGCGGCACCCCUACCGAGGAACAGCCUCAGGGCGUUGGUAAUGAAACCUCCGGCAAAAAGUUGUUGUCAAUUGACGCUAUCGAAGUACUUGACAUGCAGGAGCUGACGACGAAGGCGGUGGCCGGGGCCAAGUCCCUCGGGAACUUCCUGUAUUCGGCCGUCAACAAGGCGGGAGCCAAGGUCAGCGAGGCCAGCGCCAAGAUCAAGAAGACCGUCGAGGAAAACAGCAUCUUGGGCGAGUUCAACAAGGAGCAAGACGCGUUCAUCAAGGGGCAGGCGGGCGACGGCGCCGCGGCCGUCGCGCCCUGGGUCGGAGCCCCCAACGAGGCUGCGCUGAAAGAGGAGUGCCUCUCGUUGUCAACUGACCGAAGGAACUUCGUGCGCGCGCCGCCCGCCGGCGUGGAGUUCGAGUUCGACUACGACAAGAUGUACCCUGUAGCCACCGCCAUCAUGGCCGAGGACUCCAACCUCGAGAAGAUGCGCUUCGACCUCGUGCCUAAAGUCAUCACGGAGGAGAAUUUCUGGCGGAACUACUUCUACCGCCUGUCGCUGAUCUGCCAGGCCAACGAGGCGGACGCGGUGGCCGCCGGCUCUCGCCAGGCCAGCGCCGACGACUCCCAGGACGACAAAUCAUCCAGCAACGAGCUCAUAGUGAAAGAGAAAUCCUCUCAGGAGUCGAUCGAAGACGCCAAGCUGCGGAUAAAGUCGCUCAAAGUCGAUAGAGAAAACGACGACGAACAAUGGGAGAAAGAGUUAGAAGCCGAGCUGAACGAGUACGAAGUGGUGGCCGGCGCAGGCAAGCUGGACGACAAACAGUGGGACGAGAAGGAGUGUGAAGACCUGCUGGGCGAUGCUGAGGACCUCAAAUAGAAAAUAAGAGGUUUUUAUGGAGCUAUUAUACCGCAGGGGUC